CACUACAUGCAAGCGGACGUGCGUCGCAUAGGCGAGACGCUGCUGUGUGAGAUCCGCCGAUAGACCCAUACAGGCGCUCCCACCUCUGCGAGCCUCCCAUCUCCACUCGGCUUUUACCAACAUGUUUGCUUUGCCAGGCUAGCUAUAUAUAACUCGUGUUUUAGCUGCAGCUGAUGAGGCUGUGGGUGCGUAAUUGCGCACAACACUGCCUGCUUUUCUAUUCCUCAAGACGAACGGGAGACCUCCGCCAUCGGUGGAAAUUGAGAUGUGUUUUCUGAGCCGCUCGUCUGCUGAACGGAUGCCUUCCGAGAUGGUGAAUGAAGCUAAACCGGGCUGCCUCUAUUCAGCAGAGACUGGAGCAACAGACAGGGAUGCUUUUUGUGCCCGACACUUGUGAGAUGAAGGACAAGAAGAAAAAGAAGAAAUAUUACUAGAUGCUUUUUAUUUGUUUCUGUGGUGGGGAUCAUAGCACAUCGGGAUGGAUGCGAGCCGAUGUUAAACGGAUGCUGUGAGUGGAAUUUAUUCCUCAGCGGUUUCUCUGUUAAAGGGGCGGCGGAUCGUGUUGGUUUUUGUUUUCCAUUCAGCUUUGGCAGGAUACUACCGCUCGUCGAUGAAUUGAUGUGGGAAUACGCGCUUCCUCGGCUGCAUAGAUGGCAAACACAAGUGAGUUUGGGGAGGGCAGCCCGUCCUUACAGAACUAUGCGUUCGCGGCCUCUGCGGUCAAGCUGGCCUCCCUGGGUCUGAUCAUGGGCAUCAGCCUGCUGGGCAACGCGUCGCUGUCGCUGCUGCUGCUAAAGGACGGCUCGCUGCACAAGGCUCCCUACUAUUUCCUGCUGGACCUGUGCCUGGCAGACGUGGUCCGCUCCGCAGUCUGUUUCCCCUUCGUGAUGGCAUCGAUCAGCAGCGGCUCCGCCUGGCCGUACAGCGCGCUUAGCUGCAAGAUCGUCGCCUUCAUGUCGGUGCUCUUCUGCUUCCACGUCGCCUUCCUGCUCUUCUGCGUCAGCGUCACCCGGUACAUGGCGAUCGCCCACCACAGAUUUUACUACAAGCGGAUGAAUCUGUGUACGUGCGUGGCGGUCAUCUGCAUGGUGUGGACUCUCUCAGUGGCUAUGGCUUUCCCUCCGGUCUUCGACGUGGGGACCUACAAAUUCAUCCGUGAGGAGGAGCAGUGCAUCUUCGAGCACCGCUACGUGAAGGCGAACGACACCCUGGGCUUCAUGCUGAUGCUGGCCGUCAUCGUGGGGACGACGCAUGUGGUUUACAUUAAGAUGCUGUGCUUCGUCUACGAUCACCGCAAGAUGAAGCCGGCUCAGCUGGUCCCUGCCAUCAGCCAGAACUGGACCUUCCACGGCCCCGGAGCCACCGGGCAGGCCGCCGCCAACUGGAUCGCCGGGUUCGGACGUGGACCCACCCCGCCGACGCUGGUGGGCAUCAGGCAAGCAUCGCACCCUGGCAACAGGAGGCUGCUGGUGCUGGACGAGUUUAAGAUGGAGAAACGAAUCGGGAAAAUGUACUACAUGAUCACACUGACCUUCCUCAUCAUGUGGGCUCCCUAUAUAAGCGCCUGCUACCUGAGAAUAUUUGUGCGGGGAGCCCCGGUCCCGCAGCUCUACCUGAGCGCUGCGGUUUGGAUGAGCUUCGCCCAGGCGGGAGCGAACCCCAUCAUCAGCUUCAUGUUCAACAAGGAGCUCCGGAUGCGCCUCAGAGCCUCUUUCCCCUGCUGCCUGGGAACACAGACACCCAUGGAGCCAUACUGUGUCAUCUGAACCUUGCAAGGCCCCAAAAUACUGCCAAAGACACAUUACAUUUUGUUUCAGAAUGUACGCAGACUGCUCCCCAAAAUGUGUUUGCACACGCACACAGGGAUGUUGAGGAGUGUGAGCCCACUUCAGUUCAAUUUAUCUCCAUUUUUAUUUGUGGAAAAAGAUUUUACCCACUGUUUUAAUCUGACAAAAACUUGAAUAUGAUGUAAAUUAAUUCUAUAUUUUGCUCAUCAGAAUCAGAAUAUUUAAAGCUACAUGAGGCAGAUUAUGAGAUGGAAGCAUAAUGUGAGGCUUGUGUCCGCUUCACCAACUGAGCAUCAUGUUUAAGCCACCUUUUAAUUUACUGUAGCUAACAUUAAAUCCAAAUAUAUGGUAUAGCCUUUAUGACAAUAGGGGAGAGCAGGGUCAGUUGGGACAUUUUUGUAUCAACAUGAAAUAACCUUCCAUUACUCACAGACAACUUCAACAGCAAUGGAAAUAAUUAGAGCCCUAGACAGUUAGGCUGCAGGUGUCCGCUAACAAUUUCCAAUUUUUACAAUUUUCAAACCUCAAACAUGAAAGACAAUUUUUAAAAUGUACAAGCAUGCAUUUUCCCAACAUUCUGCCACCCCGGACAGUGGGUAGGGUCGGAAGGAAUAGUCAGAAGGUCUCCACUUUGUGGUUAAAAGGGUCAGGAUCAGGGUUUGUCUAAGUAUGAGCAUGGUGAAUGGCAUAGGCUUUUAAACUUGCCAAAAAGGCACUGUCCCAUCUGACCCCACUCUCCCCUAUGUGUCAUGUUAUGUCCUGGAGACAUUUUUUAUGCCCUCUUCAAUAUCAGCCCUUUUGGUCUGCUACAAUAUUGUACAUGAAUGUCACUUUGACUAUUUGUUUGUAUAUUUUGAAAUUCUGUCCCAGCACACCUAUUUGAGGUUAUUUGCCUUUUGCUGAACUGACGACUGAAACAGAACUACUUUUAUCAGCGGAUUAGAGUCAGUUUCUCUGGCAUCUAUGACACACUCGGUUUCUAGUCGUUUGGAUACCACAAAUGAGACAAAGAUCUCAAUAUAUUUUUAAUGAGGACAACAUCACAUUUGUAAAUACUGUAAAGCUCCUUUCCCUCGUUCCUUCUGCUUUUUUUAACCAGAUAUGUUGUAUAUUUCAUAACCCAUUGGGAUUCUUUGUGUUGAAAAGGUGUUGAAACUCACUUUAAAGGUAUUUUGCAAAUUCUUAUUCUUCUUCAUGGGUCAGUUGUGUUGAGAAAUGGGUUAAUUCUCUUCUGAGUAUACAGUUAUUCUUUUUCUACGGACAUGAACAUGAAAAUGUUAACAAUUUGGUGCUUUGAGAAGGAUGUUUGCAUUGUUUGUAUUUCUUAGCAAAUA